AUGCAUUCCCUCACCCUCGGAGCCGCUCUCUUGAGCGCCUUGGUUGCCGGUGUCGCCGGCAGCCCUGCCAGCUCUCUUGAGAAGAGACAGCUCAGCCUUCCUCCUCUGAUCCCAGCCAUCCCUGGUGUCACUGAGCCUCUGACCGACUUGGCUCCUCCUCUGCCUGUCCUCCAGGUUCCUACACCUCCUCUGCCCAGCGAGCCCUUUGAGGUUGUCAACAUCAAGCCCAAGAAGAUUGGUUACAUCUGGACUGGUGCCGGUGACAACAAGCACAAGGAUUUCCUUGCCACUGUCUCCCUCGAUGAUGAUACCUUUGGUAGCUUCAUCUCCAUUACGGAUGUGCCCAGCAGUGGCAACUCCCCUCACCACUUGGGAACAUCCCUCGACGGCAAGCUGCUCGUCGGUGGUGGUCUCCUGUCUCUCCUGAAGACCCAGGAUACCGCGUUCUACUUCGACACUACCGAUCCUUACCACCCCAAGUUCUCGCACAGCAACCGUGCUCUUCUUGCAUCCAUCGCUGAUGAGAUCCGAGCCAAGCCCGAGGGUGGAUUCCUCAUCACCUACAUGGGAAGUGCUCUCGGUACCUCCCCUGGACGCCUGAUUGAGACCGAUGCCGGUGGCAACAUCAUCCACCAGUGGCCCGAGGAUGUUGAGGGCACUCUCAACAUCUUGGGAGAGCAGUUCUCUCCUCACGGUCUCUCCGUCGACUUCGACAAGAACGUUGCCCUCACCUCCGACUAUGUCGUGCCUCUCAGUAUCCUGAAGCCCACCCUUGGCAUCCAGAGGGCCAACACACUUCGUCUGUGGAAGCUCGAUACCCGUACCAUCAUCUCCACCAUUACCAUCCCCGAUGGUGCUGGUAUCCAAGAUGUCAAGUUCAUCCCUGGCCACCCCGAAACUGCUGCUAUUGCCACCGCUGUUGGCCCCGGUCAAGUCUGGGUCAUCUACCCCUUCCGCAAGGACGCCAACGGCAAGCAGGGUGUCGCCGAGCUUCUCUACGACCUCGGCCCCAAGGCUAAGGCCUCCACCGCCAUCUACUCUGAGAUCUCCGACGACGGAAAGUUCGCCUACUUCACCAUCACCCUUGGAAACCACGUCGCUGCCCUCGACAUCUCCGACCUCAGCAACCCCAAGCGCCUCGACGACCCCAACGAGACUCAGCCCAUCAUCGGACCCCACUACGUCAAGCUCUCUCCUGAUAAGAAGAACCUCCUCGUUCUUGGAUACUUCGUCCAGGCUGGUGAUAUUUCCGUCCUGAACACCCCCGGUGACUACAAGGUCCACUGGCUCGACGUCAACGAGAACGGCUCCCUCAGCUUCAACCGCACCCUCGACUUCGAGAACAUCUUCACCAAGACCCGCGGCGGUGCUCGCCCACACAGUGCCGUCAUCUUCGAUCUGUCGGACCCCAACCACCCCAUCUACUACUAA